AUGACUUGGUUUUGUCCGUUUUUUCAAAGGAAUCAAGGAAUCAAACGUUCUAAUAAAGGCAACAUUAAUCGUUUUCUUCAAAAGCGAGUAACAGUAUUAGAAGAAAACGUAAACAAUAAUAUUCAUGAGUCAAGUUUUGAGGAUAAUAAGGAUAUAUAUAUAAAUGCUAUGAAUUUUGAUGAAAUAGUGUCUAAUAUAUACACUAAAGAAUUUUUACAACAAUCUUUUUAUUUCUUUAAAACAGUUACAUAUUCUGUUCCAUAUGGAGAAGUUAAUGCUGCGAUGUGUUUUGUAAAAACUUUAGAACAAAGAAGAAAAAAUGAUAACAUUUUCACAAAAGAAUAUAUUCAAAUUCUCAAUGAAUUUAUAGAUUGUAUACAAAAUAUAAAAAAUUACCUUGCAGGAAUAUCUCAAUUAGGGAGAAUAAGACAAUAUCUUAAAGAAAAUUCAAUUGGACAAAUGUAUAAAGAACUUUCUACUGAAUUUGACGAAUAUAUGCGAUCAUUACAAACCUCAUUUACAUUUAUUAUAAAAUAUAAUUUUGAUGCAAAAAAUGAAGAAAAAAUAAUCGCAAAUGAUGAAAGGCAUCUUAAAAAGUUUUUCGAACAUAUUAAAGGUGGUAUCACGGAUUCAACAAAUAAAAAUGUUUCGGAAAAAAUUCCACAAAUCUUGGAAAUGAAUUUUGAUUUUCAAAAACAACAAAGAAAGUUAAAUGUAUAUUCAUUUAGAACUUUACCAUUCAUAGAUAAAAAUAUAUAUGAAGAAAUUGAACCAGGAAAAAAGAUUUCCAAAAGGUUAAAUAAACAUUCAGGAGAAAAAGUGGCAUUCAAGGAAUUUACAAUUAACUAUAUUAAAAGUAACCAGAUUAAAAAUACUAAAGAGAAAAUUGGUCAAGUAGAAUAUAUAAAUGAUGAAAAAGAAAUAGAGAAAAUAGAGAAAGACAUUAAUUAUCAAGUGAAAAUUUUGGAAUAUUUGAGAGAUUCAAAUCAUAUAAUUAAAUUUUAUGGUAUUUUGAAGGAUGGAUUUAAAUAUUUUUUAAUAAAUGAAUGGAUGGAUAAUGGAAAUUUAAUAGAAUAUUAUUCAAAAUAUCCAAAUAUUUCAUGGGAUAGAAAAUUUGAUUUUGCAUUGGACAUUUGUCGAGGACUUUCUUAUUUAAAUGCUGUUAAGAUUUUUCAUUAUGAUUUACGAGGGGCUAAUAUUUUAGUUGAUAAAAAUCACAACGCUAAAAUUGCCCAUUUUGGAUUAAAUCAAAGAUUUACCGAAAUUACGAGAAAUAUUCAACCGAAUACCGAAAUUAUUAGAUAUAUGUCACCUGAAAAAUUACUGUAUGGUGAUAAGUGGGAUUUUGAUGUUAAAUGUGAAAUAUACAGUUUUGGUGCACUCUUGUGGGAAAUAGCAGAACAAAAAAUUCCAUUUUCUAAUGAAAAAGACUUUCAAACUAUACGGGAUCGUAUAAUUAAAUCAAAUUUUGAACCAUUAUCCAGCGAAGUACCCGAAAUAUGGAAAAAUGUAGUAAUUAAAGCUUUGUGUUAUAUACCGAAGAAACGUCCACCGUUUUCAGAAAUAUUUAAUAAUUUAUAUGAAUAUAAAAAUCCACAAAGAUGUUCAAUAGAAAGUGAAAUAGAUGAUUUAGAUAAUGAAAUAUUAGAUAUUAAUACUCCAAUUAAUAUUCCAGGAUAUAUGAACGUUCAGGAAGCAAUUGAUGAACAUAAAAAAGGCAAUAAGGAGGUGGCCUGGAAAUGCUUUUACGAGCAUGCCGAUAAAGGAGAUAUGAAUGCAAAAUUUUGGGUUGGUUAUUAUCAUUUUAAUUAUGAUCAAUCUGAAAUUAAAGAAUUAUACAAUGAUAAGGAAGAAAAUCUUAUAAAAGCAGCUCAACUUUUUAAAGAAUCAGCUGAUAGUGGAAACAUUGAAGCUCAAUAUUGGUAUGGAACUUGCCUAUGGAGUGGGAAAGGUGUAAAAACUAAUUAUAAUGAAGCAUUAAAAUAUCUAACAAAGGCAGCUGAUGAGGGUUAUGCAAAUGCCAUGUAUAAUGUUGGGAUCGCAUAUUAUAAAGGUGUAGGUGUUCAACAAGAUAAAUUUAAAGGAACCAGUUAUUUAAGAAAUGCAGCAAAAAAAAAUCAAAUCAAAGCAAUUAAUAUAUGUAAAAAUUUUGAAAUUAAUUAUUAA